AUGUCCAUCCUAUCCUCCCAAAAUAAGAUUGUGGCCGUAUCUGUUGCUCCUUCAAAAGCUGGAGACUCAGGACUUGGUAUCUGUUAUUGUUUCUUCCCUCACGGGCCAGAGGCUUUGAACAUUGGUGAUCUGUGGGUGAAGGGCAGAAACUGCAUUCUGACCAAUGAAGAAGACCUGUCCUUCCUGGGCUUGGUACCAGAUAUCAUCCUCUUGCCAUCUAAGAGGUGUCUGGCCAUUAUCCUAGCAUCAUUAUCUGAUGGCGUUGGACAGUUUGCUUAUUGUUUUUGUACGUAUUCGUCACGUCUAUCUGUCUCUAAGCGCGCAUACAGUCGUGAGUUUCUGCUCGAUGUCGGCAGAACCACAUUUUUAGAGUUAAACUCUGCGCACGCCGAAGAGCUGCGGGACCUCGGUCUGCUCCGGAGGCCCACACCAUCACCGACCCCCACUACUGCAUCUCCCCCACAGCGGAGGCGCCACAAGCGGCGCGAGAGGAAGCAGAAGAGGGGUAAGCGCGGAGGUAUCCGGGCUAGGCUAGCGGCUAACCCACACAAGCCAGCUAUCCCCACCAUCGUACUGGCUAACGUACGCUCUUUGGACAAUAAACUGGACUACAUCCGACUACUACGCUCAACUCAGAGGACUGUAAGAGACUGUUGUGUUUUUGUGUUCACGGAAACAUGGCUCAACAACAGCGUUCCGGACUGCGCUAUUCAUCUCGAUCAGCUGACAUGCUAUCGAGCGGACAGAGCUCGCGUCGAGGGAGCCACUUGUCCCAUUUUUGAGCAAAGGCUCCAGGAAUUUAUUCAUCCCAACCUGAGAGAUCUGAGGAUUGCUCUUCUGGGAAAGAAUGUGUCAGAAAACAACAGAGUGGCAAACUUAAUCUUGGGGACAAAUGUGUUUGAGACACUUCCAGUGGAGAGGAAGUUUCAGCAGCACAGCCAGAGAGUCGGAGGAAGACUGAAGAACAGACGCGUGAUGGUCAUCAAGAGUCCUCAGCUUCUCCAGCCUCACCUGUCACUCCAUCAGAUCACACAGGCAGUGAGAGAGUAUGUGAAUCUGUCUGCUCCAGGACCUCAUGCAUUCAUACUCGUACUGCAGCAUAAGGACUUCACUGAGGAGGAUGGACACAGAGUGAAAAGUGUGCUGAAAGAAUUCAGUGAAGAGGCGAUUAAACGCACUAUAAUGAUCACUACUGAUGAAGAAAUAUACAGAUCAAUGUUUAGUUCUACGCUCAAGAAUAAAGCAAUCAAUCAGUUAAUAAAGGAGUGUGGAGGAGGACAUCUGCAAUUUGAUGAAAGAAAACCAGAAUGGCUCUCAGAGAUAUUCAGUAGAGUUGAUACGAUGCUCAAGGGAAACCAGGAAGAGUAUCUCACAUGUGAGAUGUAUGAAGAUGCUAUAGGCACAUCAGUGGAUGAAGAGCAGAUCAGAUCUGAUGAUUCAGUCAGAUCAGAGGAAGAAAGCAAGAAGAGUUCUCACCACAAAGAUGAUGGAAAACCCAAAGAGAGACAGAAAUGGGAAAGUGAUGAAGUGUCAGCAGAUAUCUUUGGAAAACAGAAACUGAACCUGGUGCUGUGUGGAAGUGAUGGAUCACUAAUGGUCUCUGUGUCCCAAAUUUUACAAGGAAAACAUAUCAGUCCUUCAUACCAGAAAGCAAGUAAUGAAGUGUGUGUGAUGGAGGAGGAGCUUCAUGGUCGUCUGAUCAAUCUGAUCAGUCUUCCAGCUCUCAAUCAGCUCUCAGAGGAGGAAGUGAUGUGUAAGACUCUCCACUGUGUGUCUCUCUGUGAUCCUGGAGUUCAUGCUUUCAUCAUCAUUAUUCCUGUUGGUCCACUGACUGAUGAAGACAAAGCAGAAACAGAGAAGAUCCAGAAGAUAUUUGACUCCAGAGAGCACUUCAUGCUGCUCUUCACAACAGAGCUCACUGUUGAAGGACUUGCAGCAGAGUUUGUCAAAUCCAGCCUAGAAUCUCAGAGGUUAAUCAGUCUCUGUGGAGGUCAGUACAGAGUGAUGGGGUUAAAGGAACCUGAAUACUCCAGACAGAUCCCAGAACUGCUGGAUUAUAUAGAGAACAUGAAGACUGAAUCGUAUUCACCUCAGAUGUAUGUGAAAGCUCAAGAGAACAGAGUCAGACAUGAACUGGAAGGACAACACAAGAAAGAACUGAGUGAAAAAGAGAGCAGAAUCAAAGAGUUAGAGCAGAAGAUUCAGUCAGAGAGUGCUGAAUGUGAAGAUGAUCUGCAGUGUUUGAGGAUUGUGCUGAUCGGGAGGACAGGAAAUGGAAAGAGUGCAACAGGAAACACUAUUAUGGGAAGAAAUGAGUUUGUGAGUAAAGCAAGAUCAGAUUCAGUGACGACUGACUGUAAGAAGGGAGUUGGUGAAGUUGAUGGUCGAUCAGUAGCUGUUGUUGAUACUCCAGGACUCUUUGACACGACACUGUCAAAUGAUCAAUAGAAACUGAUCAGAGACUGUGGAAACAGAUUCCUGGCUUUCAAUAACAGAGAAAAACAAGACCGAACUCAAGUGAUUCAACUGUUAAACAUGAUAGAAGAGGUGAAAAACAGUAACGAGGGUCGAUACUUCACUAACAGCAUGUUUGAGGAGGCAGAGAUGUCCAUUAAGAAGAGAAUGGAGGAAAUACUGAAAGAGAGAGAGAGAGAAAUUCAGACUCAAAAUGAGAAACUGAGAGUCAAAUAUGAGACAGAAAUGGAAGAGCUCAAGAAAAGACUGGAAGAAGAGAAAAUAAAAGCAGAUGAGGAAAGAAAACAAAGAGAGAAUGAGUUCAGACAAAAAGAGGAAAAAAUGAUGAAAGGAUUCGAAGAAAAACACAAAACAGAACAACAGAAACGAGAGAUUGAAAACCAGAAACGAUCAGAAGAGGAAAAACAGCAAAAAGCUGAAUAUGAUGGAAAAAUAGAAGAGAUGAAGAGAGAGAUUGAAAACCAGAUAUCACAGUAUGAAAAACAGCAAAAAGAAAGCGAAGAAGAAGAUAGAAAGAGGGAAGAGAGAUACAGACAAGAUCAAGAAAAGAUGAAACAUGAACAAGAACACAUUAUAGCAGAAUUACAGAUGAAAGAAGAAGAAGAGAUAAAAAAGAGAGAAUCUGAGCAGAAACAGAGGAAUGAAGAAGAGGCGGAGGAGAGAGAGAGAUGGGAGAGAAAAAUAAAAGAAGCUGAAAAUGACAGAAAAGAGACUCAAGAGGAAAUUAAACGACAGCAGAGAGAAUGGGAGGAUGAAAAGAAACGACAGAUGAGAGAACGAGAGGAAGAGCAAAGAAAGAGAAAAGAUAAACAUGAGGAGGAACUGAGAGAAAAACAAGAAGAACUG